GUAAACGUCAGAGCAAGAUGAGCGCGGCGGACGUCGAGGGGGAAGAGGCCACCUCGUGCAGACGCGGAAGCGCCGGAUCGAGUCCCUGCGCUUCCAGCCAGAAACCCCGGAACCGGAGCCAGCGGCCCGAGCGCACCGCGGCGGCUCUGCGCCAAGCGCGAGAGCGGAGCGCGUGACGAACAACGAAGAACGAGGAGACCAUGUUGCUGCGCACGCGACCGCCUCUUCUUCCUCUUCUUCUUCUACUUCUUGUUCUUUCUCGCCCUCUCGAGCGGGCCUUCGACGAUGCACGCAGUAAUAAUAAUCCCAUCGUCCCCCAAAUGGACUAAGUGAUUAUCGCAGAUCAUCGCGGAGGGAAGCCGCCGUUCAGUGUCACGGAGGGGAAGUGAAGGUAUCGAAAGGGGAAAAAACGGACGCGCGAGGCGGACCUCAACGUCAAAUGACCAUAGUGGCAGAAAAGAAGCCGCCACGGUGGAGUCGGCCGGUGCUGCGCUUGUCCGAAAUAUGACCAGCGGCGCUCGCAAGCCUCGGCAGAGAGAUGACGGCUUAACGCACCGGCUUGCACCGCGCGAAAACGAGCAGCAGUCCGCAGACUCAGAGCGGGCGCAACGAUGGCGGCUCUCCUUGGCGUCGCUCGUCGUCUUUGCCGCGCUGCUGUCUGACCGGCCGCGCUUCUGCGCCGAGGCCAAGCUCACAAGAAGCCGAGACGAGGAGCCGGCCCGGGUCGCUUCGCCUCGAGACGCCAUUUCCCUUGGAAACACUAGUCAACCGGCGUGGAGACUGGAAACGUGCCGCGCGAACGGCGCGUAUAGGAGCUGCUUCACGUUCGCCGACGCGGACCACCUGUGUGAGGGCCUCUCGGGGCCAGACGUGAACCCGAACGACUUGUACCUCUCGUUUUGCAACGCCUAUUCGCUAAUGGAUUUGCUGUACGGCUCGACGAACCCGGACAACUUAAACUGCAGCGUGGAUGCGCUCGCGAGCGGCGACCCGUCCAGGUGUAGCCUGUGCGUACAGGCGUACCAGCGCUAUGACCUGCACGCUCAGGAGAAAUACGAGGAGUUCGAGAGCAUGACCGAGCGCUUCGAGACGGACGCGUACUCGGUGCGAACGUGCAUGGAUGAGUGCAAGGUGGUGUACAAGCCUUGGCUCUGCGCUCAGUUUUUCCAGAGCAAUCAGUCCAGCUGUAGCCGCAAGAUCCCUUGUGAGCAGUACUGUCUCGAGGUCCAGCAGAGGUGUCCCUUCAUAUUGCCUGACAAUGAUGACCUUAUACACGGAGGCACUCCCAGUUUUAUAUGUUCAGAGCUUUUGGAGAAUGCAGACAACACCAAGCAUGAGCCACAGUGCUGUGAUGUGCGGUGGGAGCUAAAAUUCAACGAAUGUUCUCACAGCACAUUCAAAAGGACUCAUCCCUCACGCCAGCAUACGUCUGCUACGACCUCAGGAGCUCCGAGGCUGAAUCAAGGCAGACUGAAGCUCUGCUUGCUAGUCCUGGUCCUCUUGCACACGGUAGCGACCAUGACAGCUGUCCAGAACUCCACCUGCCUUGCCACCAUCUUCCCACUGGAGGACAAUGCCCCCAGAGAAGAGUGACUGGAUGCGGGAAAGGGGGGUUAGCUCUAGCCAAUCAGCAUGCUCCAAAAAGUGAAACAUGGCGAGCAAGGAACUGGGCCGAACCGAGUCGAACCAAGCACGCCAGGCACGCCGGCAGAUCCCUAGCUGCGCUUUACAUGUUCAGUGCUCUUUAUGCCCCAGGUAGAAGAAAUGACAAGAGAGAAUUCAAGAGAAGGGCAAGAGGAGACGAAGGAAGAGGAAGACCAAGGCUGUGUCCUUUUGAGAUGUCAGUUCUCACACUGUUCUGAAAAGUAUACAUUUUGUUUUUUUUUGUUGUAUCAGAUGAUGGUCAGACUUUUUCCCUUUUUAGCUUCUGCUGUCAAAAUGGGUUUCUGUUUGUCAACCACUUCAGAUUAAAAUGGAAUGAGGGAAGAAACCUGAGUUAUAUGUAUCCAUGUCUCAGUCAAACCACUCUGUGUCAUAAAUAUUGUUUUCACAUUUCACAGCUAGCAUGAAUAGAAGUAUGCUGUAGCUAGAAAGAUAGCAAGCAGGAGGCUGGUUGUUGAUCCAAAUUCUGUUAACUACCUGCAACCUCCAUUCUUCAUUGACCAGAUUCAGAUCUUUUGCCUUGCAAUCAAGAUGUAGACAGGGCCAUGUCAACACAGCCUUAAAAACAGACCCCCAUAGCAAUCAUUUGGUGUACUAUACCAUUUCACAUGUUUAGCUUUCAGCCUCUAUAUAUAUUCUUGCUGCUUAGCAGACUACAUUACAACCCUGUUGUUAUCCUGAUACCUACUGGGAGAGCCGAUAUCUUAAAGUGCAGUGAAAAGUAUGGUGAUACACCACCAUGAUUCUUACAAAAUAUGGAAGGAAACCAGCCUGGAUGCCAAGAUUGAGGACUUGGUAGACAUUUCAAAGAUUAAAAUCAGCCAGAUAUAUUUUAUGUAACUAAUGUAAUGGGCUCUUUAGUAUUCCAUCCAAAGGGGCUCAAUCAAAACAGUUUGUUUUUUAAUCAAAUGAGCCAUUAUAGCCAUUGUCCCAAGUUUCCUCUUCCAGUAUAGUUUAAGGUUAACUUCACCAGGCUGCAAUAACAUAACUGGAGUGCCUGGUUUAGCUUAAAAACACAUUCAAAUGGAACAACAGCUACUCCAUCAAGUUUUAUUUAGAAUGGAUGUUAAAUGAUUUUCUUUGGGUUGUGCAGAGAUGGUUGAAAAUAAUAACAUGUCUUGACAAUUUUAUCAAUGCUUGUUCUUAUUUCCACACUUUUAUGCCCUCAGUACGGUAACUGAGCUGCUGAAAAAAGAGUUGCAUAGUGAUCAGUUGUAAUUGCGCUGUAAUUUGUUUUUUGCCAUUUGUUUCGUUCUCAAAAAUGUCCUACACCGUCGUGUAAAGGGCUUAGCAGAUAGCAUGGAAGGGAAGGAGUUCUCAAGGGCUCAUUCUAUAAACCUCCUUCUGUGUGUAGGACUGUACGUGUUUGGUGUCUGACUGUAUGGGCCUCUGGUUGCUGAUAUACUGUUUUGCGGUCUGUUUUACUUGGUGUUACAUCACUAACCUAUGUUAAAAGGCGUAUUUUUUAUGCUUAACAUUUACUGUGUCUUUGUAAUUGGCUGGAGCACAUCCUGGGCACAUUUGUCUCGCAUAGCUACGUCUUAUAAUAAUGUUGCAACGUCCCUCAAUCUGAAAGGCCCAAGUGCCUCCACUGUCCAGUUGUCUAGUGCUAUUUCUUUAACACAGCAGUAUAUAUAGAAAUGGCAGCAGGUACAGCGACAGUUGAUUAACAGUGUUUCCCACACAUAGGUGAUGCUCGGCUGUGGCGCUGAAGUUAUUGAUAUUGACGUGGAGCCUGAGUACAGUUACAUUGUGUUUAGAAUACAUUUACAGGAAACAGCUUGCAUUCGUUUUCAAUUUGGCUCUGACACACAUACACACAGCUCUGGAGAGACAAGAGCCAGCAGAGCUUUUCAUAUUUAUUCCUAUUGGAGUCAGUCUGUGCAAGCUCACAUUAUACACUUAGAUUCUCAGAGCAGCUCCUAAUAUUUGCACACUUUGGUUGCACUUUGCCUGGUUCACGUUUAUUGAGCACAUAACAUUUCUGGCUCCCUACUUAACCACUCAGAACAAACCACUUUACUGUAGUGUCAAGUGACAGAAAACAGCAGAUAUACAGUUUACAGGUCAAUAAGGUAUACAGGAAACUCAAUAUACAGGUAAUUUAAUUGAUUUUAGUUAAACAUAUUUUCAGCCAGAUUCUAACCGAUCUGCGAUAGAACAAUUAGAAUGGGGUUUCUCUCGCGUUUUUCUUUGUCAACAUUGAUUUACAGCGACAGGUUAUUGACAGCAUCAGUUUUACUCUCUUAGUGGUUUUUAUCCACGUAAGAGCUAGGAUUUCAUGCUGUAAUACGGGUAUAUUUAGACUUUCACGUAGAAAUGACAUGGUUGAGACACUUUGUGCGUAUAUAUAUUUCAGCAUCCACAACCACCUAUUUCGACUCUGCUCUGUGAUCAAAAAGGAAAUCAUGAUGAUAAACUGUCGCUAGGUCCAAGGAGUACGACAUACGUGAGGCUCGACCCUGUGGGAAACACUGAUUACAUUACAGUAUAUAAUAAAGACCAGGCUAGUGCUGUACAGUACUGUAGUUUUGUGAUGACGGCUUUAAUAAGUGAACUUAAAAGACAUGCUUUAACCCAUAGUCUUGUUGUAUGUUCUAUUAGCUGUUUAAAGCAGCUGGCCAAGGUCUUACAGUUCAGAGGUGACAAUCAUUCCUCAUUCCAUCAAACAUUCAAUUAUUAUUAUAUAAAAAAAAAAUACGACCCAGCCUUACAAGCAAACAACAGGAUUUGUGGAUAUUGGGGAUGCCCUAUAAAUAUAUUAUAUACGUAUAUAUCUUUUCUUAUAGUAAAAAUAAUUGUAAGAAAGGAUAUUCAAGAACAAAAGCAGAGUUUUCCGGGGGUUUGCAGUAUCGAGUUGCGCACAUCGUCUUCUUUAAACAAGCUCUGCCGUUACGUUUUACCCUGACAGCUUAUAUUAUGCCUUGUGGUAACUACAGUGUCUAGAGGAAGGAAGUCAGAGAAAUGUUAUAACGUUGACGUUUUGACAAGAAGGCACAGCAAUCGUUGUCAUUCAGCCUGUCAGCCAUUUUGAUUUCCCAUUGUGACACAUAGGAAGUAUUUAGAACUGGCCUCCACGCUGUUAUUAGAAACACAAGGCAGAUCCUACACAAUCUGUAUAACCUUGCCCUGAGAAAUUACACGUUUAUCCUCUUCACCACCUGUUUGAACCACUUAUCUUCGAAAAUCCUGUUGAUCUAUGCAGAUGUGCCUCUGUCAUUAUAUUGUACUAUAUUUGUGCUAAGGUAAAUUUGUGCUAAUUUGUCUCACUGUUGCCUGUCUUUAUUUGAGAUUUUUUGGUGUGUUUUUUUUCCCCCUCUCCCACAAUCCUUUCUUUUUUUCUACUCUGUUACCCUUUCAUUGGUCACAUGUCAGUUGUUUUGGCACUGCAUUUUCUUAGUCACGUCUCAAAAAGUGCAAGCUGCUUAAGUGAAUGUUUUCCUCUUCUGGGCUGGGCAAAUUGUGGUUCCGUGGAAUUUCAAAACGCUGACAUGGAAUCAGACAGACAUAUAUAGAUAUUACAAUUAUUAUUACAGUGUCAUAUUGUCAUACAAUAGAUGCUUUAGUUCUCUGUUUCUCUUUUCAUUUUUUUUACACAAAGACUUUGAUUAAAUAUUUAUAAUUCGGUCUCACAGGUCAUGACCUUUUUUGAACGUAAGAUGAAAAAUACAGAUAUGUUUAUGAGAGUUCUGUUC